UUGGUUAGUUCGUCACGUUGUGAUGAAAAUAUAACAGCGUGUCUGUUAUUAACAAGAAAACGUUUACCAGGGAAAGUAUUAUAACAAUGAGAUUUAAUGUUCGUUUGUUUUAAUGUUCGCUGUUUUUUGUUUGUUUGUUUUGGUGUUGUUGUCCGGGGACAAAGAAAUAUCGACAACAUGUUUUUAAUACGCAAAGUACAAUUUUUGUUGGUUCAUGUUGCCAUACUUGUGGACGUGAUGCCGUUACAUGAAGACAUGUGGGAUUUUCAGCGGACAGAGAAAGUAGACUUGUUGCGGCGUUUCUUCCAGAUCAUAAUCAACACCACCGAUGUGUCACUUUCAGUGGACAGUCUGAGCUGUCCGACUCUCCAAAUUGGCCUUUAUGGCAGUCUUAUGAUGGCUACACAGCAGGCGUUUGGACAAAGGUUUUCUGAUGAGUUCAGUCUGUUGAUUGAGUUGCACAGCUCUCAGAAGGAGGACAGCAGUGUGGUGACUCUUUUAAAUGCCCAACAUCACAUCCAUCUGCAGCUCCGCCUUGGCCCACAUUCACUGACCUUCAUCUCCACCCAACACCGGGAAUACGAAUUCCCAGUGGAGUCUCUGUGUGAUGGCCAGUGGCACCAAGUAUCACUAGGUGUCUCCCCACUCUGGCUGGAGGUUUACGUGGACUGUUUACUGGUGGAGAGAGUGAACUGGGCCUAUCCUUGGCAGGGUAUCUCCAAUGAUGGCCUACUGAUGAUCGGAGGCAGCCUGGAGGGUUUUGAGACACCCUUUGAAGGUGCUGUGAGACAAUUGACCUUUGUGAUGGGGGAUCCAGACGCUGCCAGAGAUCACUGUACUCUUCAUCGGCCCAGCUGCAACCCAGCAGCCUCUAACGCAUUCCGGAACAUGUAUUCUGGUACCAGGUCCCAUGAGUCAUCUAACAGUGCAGAGGGAUCUGCUGAUAAGGAGUCCUCACAGUGGGAUCACCUGUCUGAGAGAAACCCCCUGGACCACAACCAUCAAGAUGCUACAGAUCAAAGUCAUGGCUUUAUAUUUGUUGAUGAACAUCACAUCAUGUCGCCCACUAACAAUGAAGACGGAAGAUUUCGGAGCACUGAAUCCUCUCCAAACGUCCGGAUGCUAAAUGAAAAUGUCAUAGAAAAAAGUGCUGCAAACUUCGAUACUGAAGUCAGCUUAGCGUUUCCUGAUUCACUGACGCAAGUGUCUGAGAUAAAAGCUCAUAAUGUCACCUUACUGAUGGAUGAGAACAUGAUACCAUCAAUGGCUUCUAAAGGACAACUGGAGACAAACAAUGUUUUAAGAAACAACGAGGAGGGCCAGUAUUCGAGUCUGCAGCUUAAGGAGUCAUUGCCAUCUGAACCUGCCGCUGGAGCAGGGAACAUUAUCUAUGGAUCUGACCAGAGAAUCUACCGAGUCCACAAAGGGCCUCCUGGCCCAGUAGGACCAGAGGGAAGAAGAGGAUGCGCUGGAAAAGAAGGCUAUAUUGGACUUAAAGGUGAUAAGGGCUCUCAAGGUAUUCCAGGCAUGGAUGGGAGGAGAGGGGAUCCAGGACCUCCAGGACAUCCAGGACUUCCCACUCUCUACCUAUGGAGGAACUCUGAGGAGGACUGGACUGCUUUUAGGAGAUCAACCUUCUAUCAAAUGCUCAGAGCUGGCUGGCCGGUGACGCCCGGCCCACCCGGACCCAUGGGUGAAAUGGGUAAACCUGGCCCUCCAGGUAUUCCUGGAGAUUCAGGGCAUAGAGGUAUACCCGGACACAGAGGAGACAUGGGUAACCCUGGGCCAAAGGGUGUCCCUGGCAGUGCAGGGAGGUGGGGCAGGAAUGGCAGUCCAGGAGUGGAUGGGCAUCGUGGACCACCAGGACCACCUGGGCUAAAGGGUCCCAGAGGAUUUAAAGGAGAGGAAACUUCACCAGGAGAGAAAGGUGAUGAGGGUUCCAUUGGUGAGCCUGGACCAAGUGGAGACAGAGGGAGAACUGGGGAAAAGGGAUCUAAAGGGGAACCAGGGGAAGAUGGACCUAUUGGCCCUCCAGGUCCUUCGGGUAAAAGAGGCAGUCAGGGACUUCCUGGACCUCCAGGGCCACAGGGAGACUCUGGUCAUGAUGGAAUGAAAGGUCCCUCAGGACCAGUGGGUGCACCGGGGGCCACAGGUGGCAUAGGACCACCUGGACUCAAUGGGUCUGAGGGGGAUCAAGGUCCAACUGGUCCACGAGGUCGUAAAGGCCCUCCAGGACCGUCAGGAUUAGCAGGGGAGACAGGAUCACCUGGAUCUCGAGGGACUCAGGGUCAACCCGGCAGUGAUGGUCCUCUUGGUCCAAAAGGGGAUGUGGGUGAAAUAGGACUUAUGGGAACAAAAGGACUUCCUGGCAUUGAAGGGCCCAUGGGGAUGUCUGGAAGUCCUGGUCCAAAAGGAUUGUCAGGGGGCAAAGGCGUCAGAGGACUGGAUGGUGACAAAGGGGAAGCUGGAUGGAAAGGAGACAGAGGCCCACCAGGUGCUGCAGGUAUCCAGGGUCAUCAGGGAGAGAGGGGUGACCGUGGAAGUGCAGGUCCUGUGGGGGUCAGAGGUCAACCUGGACCCCAAGGAAAAGAGGGUGAAGAUGGAGAGGCUGGUCUUCAGGGAGGGGUUGGGAAACAGGGGCCAAAGGGUACCAGAGGCCCCCCAGGACAAAAUGGGCAUUUAGGAGUCAAAGGAACAAGGGGUCGCACAGGACUCCUAGGCGUGUUUGGUCUACCUGGCAUUGCGGGUUUUAGAGGCAGAGUUGGGAUUGAGGGACCAGAAGGAAAGCCUGGGUGUUCCUGGUUCUGUUGGCUCUCCUGGCCCGAAAGGAGAUAAAGGGUCUCCAGGUGUGCAUGGUGUUCCAGGCCAGGCAGGUUCUCCGGGAGCUCCA